AUGUACCAGUUCCUGCGAAACUAUCGAGCAACUCUUCAUUGUACUACUGGUGUCGCUUCUGCCACUGCCCUGUUUGGAAGACCAAUCAGGAUCAAGCUGCCCUGCCAUGAUGCUGUUCCAUGUGAGUCAAACUUGAGACCAGCACUAAUGCGUGAGCAUGAUGCCCACCAGAAACUCAAGAUGAAGACUCUCGCUGAGAGCAGGAGACCUAUUAAGGAUUCUGACAUACAGGUUGGAGAUACUGUGUUGGUAAAGCAACCAAAGACGGGGAAGUUCUCCACACCAUACCAUCCAGUACCACUAAAAGUCACAAACAAGAACCACAGUAUGCUAACGGCUGAAGGAGGCGACCGGAGUGUGACUCGCAAUUCUCCCCAUUUUAAGAAGCUUCAAGACAAUGCAGAUCCAGUAUCAGUUGACAUCAACUCAAGUGCGGUCCCAUUAUCAGUUGACACAAACUCAAGUGCAGACCCAAUACCAGUUGACACCAGCUCAAGUGCAAGUGCCCAAGCUGAAUUCCCACUAAGGAGGUCUGCUCGUGUGUCUAAAUCUCCCAGGAGACUGAUUCAAGAAAUGUGA